AUACUUGUUUAAGUGCGGAAAGUUGUAUUGGAAGUUGGGUCCAAUUGGCAAAGUCUUAGGCUGAACUUGGCAAAUUGCUGAAUGAGCUACAUUUCAGGGCUCAAUGGUGCCGAAUGCACGUACAUCGAGGAAUUGCUCGAUGAACAAGUCGGUGCUCCAGCUCACCGGCUUUGUUCAGAUUGUCGCGUUGACGUAAAAGGAAUGUCCAAUGUGAAACAUGCUUCUUCUGUGCAAGAUUUAUUGUACAUGAUCUUGAAUUUUAGUUGCCCUGUGCACUUUGCACAGCGAUAGUUGAAUCGAACAUGCACUUUUAUAUUGUUCAAUCAUAUAUGAGGAUUGCUAAACGAACAACGGUUUAGUGUUUGGGAGAGCGCAUGCAGGUGUUAUCAGUUGCCUGAAGCGACAACGCAUAAGCCUGCACUCCCUGUACAGAUCGUGUUUGUAACAGUCUUUUCCGAUCAACAAGAUCCCCUGAUUCAACACAUCCAAAGCCCUCUCGUCUGUCGCAAAAAAGUUGUCAGGUGGUUAAUCCGAGUAUCAAGGAUGAUUAAAUCCAAACAAAUAUCGACAAUGAAUCGGUCGACAAAA